AUGAACGCAUAUUUUAAGAAGCAUGUGAAUCUUAAAAUGAGGUUAUAUGAAUUUGUAAGAUCAUUUGAUUUGGCUUUGGCAAGGCUAAGAUACACGGAAGCGAAGGCAAAUGCUGUAACAAUAAAUAGCUCUCCUGUACUUAGUACUCAUUUGAAAGAUAUAGAGAAACAUGCGGUAGAUUCUUUGACCAGAAAUAUGUUCUUUAUUGUUCGUGAAGAAAUGAAAAAGGAAGCUGUAUUAUUGAGCAAAAUUGAGCAUGAAUUUGGUUCAACCAAGAUGUACUCUGGAUGCGUAUGGGUUUGCAGUGAGACCUCAGCAUUUACAAAGAUACCGGAAUAUGCAAAUAUCUACAAGGAAGAAGAGGAAGAGAGAUCAGAUAGAUGGAAAGACGUUCUUGAUAGGCAAUCAGAGACCACUCGAUUGCCCACCACUGAUUUGUCGGCAACCAAUAUAAAGGCUGAAGAUAGUUCCAAGAAUGUUAUCAGUGAAAAAUACAAAGAGGAGCAAAAAUGGACUGAAAUAAGACCAUCUCUUCGUUUCAUAGAGGAUUGGAUGAGCUCUCGUGUGAAAAAUGAGGUCAGUUUGAUUAGCAGAGAAGAGGCAUGCAAAGGGGACUCUGAGGAAGAAUUCCACGAUUUGGAUAUAACAGAAUCUGAGGAAGAAAGGACUUCACCGGAUUGUAUUUCUGAUGGUUUUAGAGGAACUCAAUGCCUUGUUCAAGGAGGGGUCCCGAUGACACUAAGGGGAGAGAUGUGGCAAGCCUUUGUUGGUGUUAGAGCUCGCCGGAUAGAGAAAUACUACAACAAUUUACUUGAUCCGAGUAUCAGUGUAGAAGUUAAGAAAAAUGGGCUAGAAGAAAAGAAUCUCGAUGCGAAUUUAGAGAGUGUGGGUGUACCUGAAAAAUGGAAAAGUCAGAUUGAGAAGGACUUGCCUCGAACUUUUCCCGGUCAUCCUGCUCUAGACAAGGGUGGUCGAAAUGCUUUAAGGCGUCUACUUACAGCAUAUGCCCGUCAUAAUCCCUCUGUUGACUACUGUCAGUUUUGUGCAGGGCCUGCAUUGGUUACUACUAAAGAUGCUGGAGAUGCUGUCACACUUCUUCAAUCAUUAGCAGGCUCGACUUUCGAUAGCAGCCAGCUCGUCUUGAAAGCUUGCAUGGGUUUUCAGAAUAUUCACGAGAAAAGAUUACGCGAACUCAGAAGUAAACAUCGAUUAGCAGUCUUUGCUGCUCUAGAAGAAAGGCCAAAGGGACUUAAACAUUUGGAUAUGAGGUUGAAUGGUGAUCCUGCAAAAGAUCUUCACGAGCAGGGCAGAGGAGCUCGAAACAGCAUUAAUGGAGAUGAUAAUGGAUUUAGGUUGGGCAAUUGGAGCAUGAGGUCUCUGAACUUCGACAAGCAACUUCUAUGCAAGCAUGAGCAAGAGAAUGCAAUGCUUAUGAUGUUAAUGAGGGCAGAACAAGAACAGAAGGCAACUGAGGAUGCCCCCCUAUCUGACGAGCAGGAUGCUGCUGCCCAGAAAUACGCAGCUCAAGUAAAGUGUGAAAAAGAAAAUGCUGCGCUAAUCGAGAUGGAAAACCGGGCAGUUAUGGCUGAGUCAAUGCUGGAAGCUACGUUGCAAUAUCAGUCUGUACAAUACAAAACACUUCAUUCUCCCCGGGUAUCGAUAUGUAAACGGAUCUGUGCCAAUGUACAAAGGCAAAUGGUGUGA